AUGUUUACAAGUUUAAUCCAAAACUCAUGUCCAUGUGGCCGGUGUGUUCACCAAACAACGUCUGGCAAUAGUCGUCUCUACACCAUUUCAAUGAGUGAAAAGUCGUUUAUUCUUGUAGGAGAAGAAGCUACUUUGCAACACAUCUUCUUAUAUGUUGGUCAAAAGAAUUUUCCAUAUGCUGGAAGUUUCAUUCAGCGACAAGGAGAGCUCUUUCCCGAGCAUACAUGUCCGUACGUCUUUGUGUAUCAAAGCAAUUUUAGUAGUGCAGUUUCGAGUGAUUUUGAAGAAUACAAAAAGACUGUCGAAGAUUUAGUCGUCGCCUUUGGUAACGUAUUAAGCACAGACGUGCCAAUUCGAGUCGAUGAGUCCAAAUUUGUAUUUAAUUGCGAAGACGCGCGUAUUUCCGAUUCUGUUGUGACGAAGAAAGGUAUAUGCCCUUGUGGCUUUAAGCACAAAGUGAAUGGAGUCCUCUGUGAUUUUGCUUUUGUUGUGAAUGACGUUCUUGUUGGGAUGUCAGUGGACUCCAAUUUUGUUGUCAGCAUUCGGAAUGCUAGCGAUAGAGCACAUCUUGAGUUGGCGUAUUUGCCUCGUUUCUUUUUAGGGGCUUUUAAAGCCUUUGUCAAUCUGUCGGCUGUGAAUAACGUGAAUAAGAACUACUUUCAUGGACAGAGUCGACCGGAAGGAUAUGAGAAUUUGAAUAGAAGAAAUCCGUUCAUGGAAAAGAUUUAUGCCCUUGCUAUCAAACCUAUUGAGGAACAAUAUAUCGAUUUUUUGAAAUGUUGGUCGUCAUUAACACUGAAACACAAAGGUGCUGCUAGCACAUUUCUUCGUCUAUUUGGACUUAUUGACGAUGAAGACGGUGAAGAGGAGGAUGAUGACACAGAUAUUAAGUGUAACGUUAAUACAUUGUACGACGCAGAGAAGGAGAAUUUGAUGAAAAGACUUAAAGAGGAAAUUGUGUGGGAAUGCGCGAAGGAUGUGGAAGUCGUUGAAACUGAGAAAACAGAAAGUGUAACUACACAAACAGUGGACGAGAGAAGCGAAGAUUUCUCACCAAAGAAAAUUGAAAAGGUCGAGAAAAUAGAACCAAAAGAAGCACCUAAAGCUGACGUCAUUCCGGCAACGCCUGAGAUUGAAACAAUCACACAAAAGAAAAGUGAGGAAGUGAGAGAAAAAGAUAGUCCAGUGACGAACAACCCACAACAACCCAAUGUGUGUUUUGAAGGAGAAGGAAGCCCAAAAUUAGAAAACCCUAAGAGUCGUGAAAAUGUGAGAAGUAAUCAAACGAAUCGAGAUUACGAUUGGAGGAACGGCAACACAGAAGGGUGGAAAAAAAGCAAGGGAAAAGACGAAAUAUACGGGAAGAAAGAAGAAGAAGAGCUUGAGUUUCUCACAAAGGAAAUGACCGACGAACAGAAGGCGCAGUUCAAAAUGAUGUACAUGCUAAUGAAAUUAAAAAAGAGCCAGAACGAAGAAAAUGAAGAAGAUAAAACGAAUACGUGGGGCAAAGGACAUACACUAAAAAGCGAAAAGGGGGAGGUUGAGGAUAAACCAGACGAAAUAGAGCCAAAGGAGUAUAUAUAUGCGAAAGACUCAAAAAAAGUUGUUAAGAUCAGGUAUAAAUAUGGGAAUAUUGUAUUCAAAGGCGAUGUGACAACAACCGUACACGAUCUUAUUGCACAUAUCAAGUUCGAAAUCACCAAAAGUGGCAAACCAAUGUACUGUGGUAAGCUGAAACAAAGAGCGUACAACCAGCCGCUCAAUGAGAUGGCAGACAAAACACUCGAGGAGUUGAAGUUGUUUCAAACGAUGGUCACAUACGAGUAA